AUGAUUAAAAUCUGGUCAAUUAAGAAGGACAAUUCUUCCGCUGAAAAAAAAAAAUCGAAAAUUAGUGCUGCUCAGAUUCGUGUUCAAAAAGAAGCAACUGCUAUUUUUUAUUCGGCCUCUCUGGCAAGAAAAAUUCUUACUUACUUAACUGAGCUAGCACUCCCGGAUACAAUGCAAAUGAGUUUUCCGGAUGAAUCAGAUCUUCUCAAUUUUAACCUGUCCAUAACACCUGACGAAGGCUUCUAUCGAGGUGGUGUGUUUAAAUUCACUUUCAACAUAAACAAUAAUUAUCCUCAUGACCCCCCAAAGGUUCGCUGCACUCAAAAGAUUUAUCAUCCAAAUAUUGAUCUUGAGGGUAAUGUUUGCCUGAAUAUCCUUCGUGAAGAUUGGAAACCUGUCUUGAAUUUAAAUUCUGUCUUAGUGGGAUUGCAAUAUUUGUUCUUGGAACCAAAUCCUGAAGAUCCACUCAAUAAGGAAGCGGCUGAGGAGAUGAGAAAUAAUCGGAAAAACUUUGAAUACAAUGUAAAACAAUCGAUGAGAGGCAAAGAUGUUAAGGGCGUCUAUUUUGAAAAU